GCGCCUCACAUUUCCGUGGCAUUUCCAUUUGCUAGUGCGCUGCUGCGGCCGCACGCCUGAUUGAUAUAUGCCUGCAAUGGCACUUUUCCAUUUGACACACACACUCUCUCUCUCCCUCUCUCUCCCUCUCUCUCUCUCUCCCUCUCUCUCUCUCUCUGUGUCGCUUAAACAACAGUCCUAACUUUUGUGUGUUGCAAAUAUAAAAGGCAAGCCAUGUGACAGAGGGACAGAAGAACAAAAGCAUUUGGAAGUAACAGGACCUCUUUCUAGCUCUCAGAAAAGUCUGAGAAGAAACGAGCCCUGCGUUUCCCCCAAGCUGUGCAGCAGAUUCCAUGGUGAUGGAUUGCCAGCGCAAAGAGUAAGACAAAACUCCGGCAUAGAGCGGACAAUGACAGCCACAAAGCUUCAGCCAGAUCCUGCCCUUGCCUUGAAAGGAACUGGAUCCUAGGAGGUGAAGGCAUUUCUAAUUUUUUGUCCUCUGCCUCCCUCUGCUGUUAUUCCAGAGGAGUGUUUCCUUACAACAAUGAGAAAUCAUGUACUAGCUGCAUCCUUUUCCAUGCUCUCCCUGCUGGCGGUAAUGGGAGACACAGACAGCAAAACAGACAGCUCAUUCAUGAUGGACUCAGACCCUCGACGCUGCAUGAGGCACCACUAUGUUGAUUCUAUCAGUCACCCACUGUACAAGUGUAGCUCAAAGAUGGUGCUCCUGGCCAGGUGUGAGGGGCACUGCAGCCAGGCGUCGCGCUCUGAGCCCUUGGUGUCCUUCAGUACUGUUCUCAAGCAGCCUUUCCGUUCCUCCUGUCACUGCUGCCGGCCCCAGACCUCCAAGCUGAAGGCACUGCGCCUGCGCUGCUCAGGGGGCAUGCGACUCACCGCCACCUACCGGUACAUACUCUCCUGUCAAUGUGAGGAGUGCAGCUCCUGAGGCCUGCUACUGCGUGGCAUCUGGAUGGGAGGACCACAGAGGCGGUUCAACCAGCCUGGGAAAGGACUGGCAAGAAAAGAGUUAAGGCGAAAGAUGCAGCAAUUCCUGUGGGAUUCUGCAUAUUCUAGUAAUAAAGACUUUUCGCUUCUUGACAGAGAGAGCUACCCUGGAAAUUUGUUUUCAAUUCCCAUCUCCUUUCCCGUGUACAAUUUCUUUGAGUUCUUUUUCAGAUUCAGGCGUUUUCCCCGCUGGCUCUGAAUGCUGUUUGAGUUUCCAGCCAUUCUGCAUUGGUGGGAAAAAGUGGGUCCCCAUGCACAAGUGUGUCUGGCUGUCACUGGUGCAUAUUAGGGAAGAAUUUGCUUUGUGAGGGAGGGAAGCCCAGCUUUUCUUGGAACAUCUUCUCUUGUUUCUCAUCUUGUCAUUUUGGUCUAGGUUUGCCAUCGCCACUACAAAGGUUAUCAAUUUCAAAUUCUGGACACCAAACAUGUGGAUGUGUUUAUUGAGGUUUACUCACAAAUGACUAACUGACAUUAAAAUAACUAACAAAUGGAUUCUCUUAUGUGAUGCUGGAACUCUUGACCUCUGUAAUUAUUAUUCAAAAAUGGCUUUGAGAAGUAAAGGCGGCAUAAAGAAUUUGUCUCCUGAAGGCUCUUGCAGAUAAAUUAUGGUAAACUUUUGUAGGGGAGCAGACUUUGAAGGACUUGCGCAGACACGGAUCCUGUACUGCCUUUGGAAAAGGCAUAUAUGUUCUAGUGGCAUGGAGAAUGCACCGUACGCAUGCAUGCAGAUUAGACAAGCAAGUAUGAAUCUAUUUGUGGGUGUGCUAUAGCUUUAGCCGCAUCGUGGGGAUCAUUCUCUAACAUCCACUUUUCCACGUGAGGCUUGUUGCCAUAAUGGUAGCCUGGCUCAUCUUCUCAACAUUUGGUGAAAAUAUAUUUUGGUCCUUGAGGUUUAAAUUUUGAGUUAUUCCCAUGUUUUGAAAUAAAAAGAG